UCGUUCGUUGGCGAGUCGCGCAGCUGACGUCAUCAGCAGGAGCCAAGCAGUCAGAGGCUGGCGGGGGGAUUGAGAACCGUCAGAAGUGGAGCCUGUAUUCCCGGGGAAUGGAGUGAUCGCUGGUCUGGAGCUGCGCUGAUAUGACACGCCUUUCUCCCAGAUGUCACUGGCCUUUGAAUGAGACAAAGGACCACCACAAUAUCAAAUAAAGGGGAAGUGGUUGAAUAAAAUAUUCUGUGAGAUUGUGGUUCUUCAACCCACGUUGUCUACUCUGUCUUGUUUCCCGAUCUUUACACUUCAGAACAUCUUCACAAAGAACAAUAGCAAGAUAGCUGAAAAUGACGACGCCCAACAAAACCCCACCCGGUGCCGAUCCCAACCAACUGAAAAGAACUGGAACUGUACGAGAAAUUGGCUCUCAAGCUGUAUGGUCUUUGUCUUCCUGUAAACCAGGCUUUGGUGUGGACCAGUUACGAGAUGAUAAUCUUGAAACCUACUGGCAAUCUGAUGGAUCUCAGCCUCACUUAGUGAACAUUCAGUUUCGAAGAAAGACUACCGUGAAGGCUUUAUGUAUUUAUGCUGAUUACAAGUCAGAUGAGAGUUAUACACCAAGUAAAAUCUCGGUCAGAGUGGGAAACAACUUCCACAACCUUCAAGAGAUUCGGCAACUAGAGUUGGUGGAGCCCAGCGGCUGGAUUCAUGUGCCCUUAACAGAUGCGCAUAAAAGACCGAUCCGAACUUUCAUGAUCCAGAUAGCAGUUUUAGCAAAUCAUCAGAAUGGAAGAGAUACUCAUAUGCGACAGAUAAAAGUAUUUACACCAGUGGAAGAAAGUUCUAUAGGCAAAUUCCCCAGAUGCACAACUAUUGAUUUUAUGAUGCAUCGUUUCAUCAGGUGAACUAACCAAGAUCCAAUAAAUAGUUGGCAUUGACAUGUUCCUAGAUGGACACUUUUAUUUUUAUUUUUUAUUGUUGUAGUAAAGUAUAA